AUGGAGCUACUCUGGACGCCCCUGCUGCUAGUGGCCUCUUGUGCCUUUGCCGUCCACAGCCUACCAGAGGAGGGCACCGGCGUUCCCAUCAUCAACACAACCAAGCCCUUGCGCAUCCUGGAGGAACGCAACCUGCUGGUGCUGACGCCUGCCGGCCUCACCCAGAUGUUGAAGGAGACCCGAUUCCUCAUGGUGCUUUUCCACAACUCUUCCUCAAAGCAAUCCAGGAACAUGGCUGAGGAACUGGGCAAAGCCGUGGAGAUCAUGGGCAAAGGCAAGAACGGCAUCGGCUUUGGCAAAGUGGACAUCACCGUGGAGAAGGAGCUUCAGCAGGAGUUUAAUGUUAAGAAGGCUCCGGAGUUGAAGCUGUUUUUUGAGGGCAACAGGUCAGAGCCCAUCAGCUGCAAAGGAGUGGUUGAAUCUACUGCCUUGGUCGUUUGGUUGAGAAGACAAAUCAGCCAGAAAGCAUUUUUGUUUAACAACAGCGUGCAGGUGGCCAAUUUUGUGAAAUCCAGGCACCUGGCCAUCGUUGGCUUCUUCCAGGAUUUAGAGGAAGAAGUGGCAGAAUUGUUCUACGACACGAUCAAAGACUUCCCAGAGCUGACGUUUGGAGCAAUAGAGAUUAAGAAUGCUGUCGGGCGUUUCCAUGUCUCCCUUGACAGUGUCCUGGUGUUCAAAAAGGGAAAGAUCGUGAACCGCCAAGAGCUUAUUAAUGACAAUAGCAACAAACAAGACCUCCUUCAAGUCAUAAAACAGCACCUCACAGAUUUUGUGCUUGAAUACAACAUUGAGAAUAAGGAUCUGAUUUAUGAAUUGAACAUCCUGAACCACAUGCUGCUCUUUGUCUCCAAAAGCUCUGAGUCCUACCGUACCAUAAUUCAGCAUUAUAAACUGGCAUCAAAGGAAUUCCAGAACAAGAUACUUUUCAUCCUUGUGAAUGCAGACGAACCCAGAAACAGACGUGUCUUUGAGUACUUCCUGAUCACAGAGGUCAAUAUCCCAUCUGUCCAACUCCUAAACCUGAGCUCCGAUGCCAGGUACAAAAUGCCUUCAGAUGAGAUAACCUUCACAAACCUCAGGAAAUUUGGCCUCAACUUCCUGAGUAGAAAUGCCAAGAAACAUCAAUCCAGUGAAGACCUUCCAAAAUACUGGGACCAGGGACUGGUUAAGCAGCUCGUGGGGAAGAACUUCAACAUCGUCGUCUUUGACAAGGAAAGGGACGUGUUUGUGAUGUUCUACGCGCCCUGGUCUGAAAAGUGCAGGGCGCUCUUCCCACUGCUGGAGGAGCUGGGCAGAAAGUAUCAAAACCACUCCACGGUCACCAUCGCCAAGAUCGACAUCACAGCAAACGACAUUCAGCUGACGUCCCUGGACCGGUACCCGUUCUUCAGGCUUUUCCCCACCGACUCUCAGCAAGCUGUCGUGUAUAAGGGAGAACAUACCUUGGAGGGCUUCUCUGACUUUCUGGAGAGCCAAGUCAAGACCAGGGUUGAGGAUGAGCUGUUGUCUGUUGAGCAAAAUGAAGUGAUGGAAGAGGAGAUAUUAGCUGAGGAAAAGAAGAUACCUAUUGUGGAGAAAGAGUUACCGGAACAGCAGUUGUCUGAGCUGGAGAACGUGACCGAGCUGGAGGGGCCGGCUGCGAAGAAGGAAACAGCAGAGGAGGUGGUGGUGGUGGUGGCUAAGCCAAAGGCACCUCCGAAACAAGAGAGGAAACCAAAAGUCAAGGAAGAACUUUAG